GUCGUGAAUAUCCUUUUUAGCUCGUAAGGUGAAAUAAGUUGUCUAAAGUUUGAUGUAUAACUCUCGUUGCUGUGAUUUUUGAUUAUAAAAUAAGCUAUCUUAGUAUAGAACUAACAUCGUAAGUGUUGAACUAACACUAAAUUGUGCUGUCUGUUAGCGACAAUUAUUCUAAAUUUUCGAUUCCACAUCAGACUAACAACAGACUUAUGAAGCAUCUACUGCUAUAUAGUAAAAACUUUGGCCAAAACGAGUUUGAAUACUGCACAUGGAUACCAGAAUGAAAAAUUAAAUUAACUAUUAGAAGCACUUAUGGAACCUCAAAGGACGCUACUUUAUUUCAUACGAAGGACUGCUGAGGAAUCAUGGCAAACCACAUUGAUAUCGACAAGCCACUGUGGAAUUUAAAUUCGUUUACCGGUCGCUUCAUGCAUUUUUUUUGGGUAACUGAUCCGAGAACAUGUUUUACUUCGGAGGACGAUUUGCUAAAGGCUAAAGAUUUGGUCCUGAAAGUAAGACAAGGCAAUCAACCAACCGAUGUAUCAAUUGAAGAAAUUAUUCAUGCUAAAAAACUGUAUGAGAGUGCAUUUCAUCCUGAUAGUGGAGAAUUGCAAAAUAUAUUUGGCCGCAUGAGUUUCCAAAUGCCUGGUGGUAUGGCAAUUACUGGAGCAAUGUUGCAAUGGUACAGAACUAACACAGCUGUAAUAUUUUGGCAAUGGGUCAACCAAUCUUUUAAUGCGCUGGUCAAUUAUACUAACAGAAAUGCCAAUUCAUCAUUAACGACAACGCAGUUAGUAGUAUCAUAUGUUUCAGCUACUAGUUCAGCUCUUCUAGCAGCUGUCGGCUAUAAAGGAUACCUAACAAAAAAAGCUAGCCCGUUUUUCCAACGCUACGUGCCAUUCGUGGCUGUCGCAGUUGCUAACUGCAUCAAUAUACCACUAAUGCGACAAAAUGAGCUAAUAUACGGAAUUGAUAUUCAAGACGAAAACGGGAAUACAGUAGGAAAGAGUCGAGUUGCCGCCGCAAAAGGUAUAUCGCAGGUUGUGUUUUCACGUAUCGCUAUGUGUGCUCCAGGCAUGUUAAUUCUGCCUAUUAUAAUGGAAUCUCUAGAAAAAAAUAGGCUUUUCCGCAGUGUUUCUUUCCUGCAUGCUCCUUUUCAGGUGAUGGUAGUUGGUUGCUUUUUGACUACUAUGGUUCCAACUGCUUGUGCAUUAUUUCCACAAACUGCAUCACUGAGCUCUGGGGUCAUUAAAUUGAUCGAACCGGAGUUUUAUGAAGAUAUGCGGAAAAAUGGAAGAAUUCCUAGUAAGGUAUACUUCAAUAAGGGCCUAUAAUGCUUUUCGAAGUACUACUUAAUAGUAUAUCGAGGUACCCAUUACUAGCCUUCUCUGUCCCAUGGUAGCGCAGGAGCUAUAUGAUUACAAAAACCGAACCGACGGUACUAAAACCAGCAGAUCACUUUUUUAGACAUUAGAGAAUGGAUAUUUCUAUUUCGGAACAUAGUAGAAGUUGUUCUAAAGGUUAUAUGGUUCUGCUUACCAAAUUGAUUAAUAAUAACCUAUUACAGAUGACAGCUAACUAGCUAUACACCUUUGGAACAGAGAGGGUUAAUUGCAGAGAUUAAGUAAACUGUAUAAUUUAUUUAAACCAAAGCAAUAAAACAUCGAAGCCACGUUUCGAAAUAUGU